GAUAGAUCGCGAGCAGCAACUGCUGUCAUGAUGAACCGAGAAAUCCAGGGAAUUCAGCUUCCAGCAGCGUUGUCAACCGAGAUCAAAUGGAGCCUGGCGGUCGUUAUCCUGUGAUCCGACUCCGACGCGUUUCUUCUAAGCUGACCGAGAAUCCGCGAAUAAUUCCCAAGACAGGGAAUCGAUCUCCCAGCAAACAGGUCAAAUAUAGACGAGAAGAGACCGAUCCACGACGCCUCGAGUCUUCGAUCAAGAGAUUCCGGUCAAAUGACGAACGCAUCCCGCGUGACCGAUCAGAACUGGUCCGGUGUUGAAAAACUCGCUGUGACCGAAGCUGAGAUCGCGGAAAUUUGUCCAGAAUGUAUGUUCAACUCCGAGUCGCUAGUGAGCAUCAUCGUAUACAGUAUUCUGUUCGUGUGCGCGGCCGUCGGGAAUGUUCCCGUUUUCCUCUCCCUGAUCCGGAACCGCCAUAGGAAGUCAAGAAUCAAACUCAUGAUGUUGCACCUGGCUAUCGCCGACUUGAUCGUCACCUUCAUCUUCAUCCCAACUGAGAUAUUCUGGGUCAUGAUGGUCCAAUGGAAAGCCGGGGAUCUCCUAUGUAAAAUAUUUCAAGUGGUCCGAGCUUUCGGACCAUAUUUAAGCUCAACAAUCAUCAUCUGCAUCUCCUUGGAUCGAUAUUUCGCCGUUUUGCAUCCCCUCAAGGUUCACGACGCCCAGCGUCGAGGGAAAAUUAUGAUCGCUCUCGCUUGGCUCGUUUCGCUAAGCUGGAGUCUGCCUCAAGCGGUAGUCUAUGAAGUCGACGGGCACCCCGUCGUGAAAGACUUCUAUCAGUGCAUCACCUUCAAUUUCUUCUCGAACGCGCCGCAGCAAAGAGUUUACGUCCUAUUCGGUCUCGUACUGCAAUACGGAAUUCCACUUCUGAUAAUCAUUUGGUGCUACAGCAGAAUAAUGUUGGCUAUUUGCCAACGAUCCCAAGACGGAGAGUUGGCGACGAGUCGCAAUACAAAUAAUCUCCGCGUGCAGUACAGGCAAGUGAGGCUCAGGCGAUCCGAUCCUCGCAACGCGGAAUGCAUCAACCGCACCCGGAACCGAACUCUGAGACUCACAGUUGUCAUUGUUCUCACAUUCUUCUGGUGCUGGACCCCUUACGUGACCAUGGUGGUUUGGUAUCAAAUCGACCUCGACGGCGCGACAAAAAUAAACGGUUACCUCCGGAACGCACUUUUCAUGUUCGCCGUGAGCAAUUCGUGCGUCAACCCUUUGUUAUACGGCAGUUACGCCAAGUCGAACUGGACGAACGUAUUUAAGAAAUGCUUCAGUCCGAGAAAAGAAGAGAACGAGAUAGAUGGGCACAUCUCAAAUUCUCGCCAGACGAUCAUCAUCGCAAGCGGAGGGAGUUCGCAUCGCAGCAAAAUUAUCUACACCGGGAGUGACCCGAAUCAAUUAGACUGAAUAAUCGAGUUGUACAUUCUCACGACCGGAGGUCAACGG